ACGUUCCCACGUGAAUUUCGGGGUUGUCAAUCAACAGGUUAUGAAACUGUAAACAAUUCCUUUAAAAAAUUAAGUCAAGUGUUUUUAAUUGGUAAAAGUGGGAAUGAGUGGCCCCAGGCGCUGGAAUAAAUUCAACAGGAAUAAGAGGAAAUCCCCUGGCGACCCGGGACCGUCGAAGGAUCCUGGUGAUAACCCGGAAGACGACUCGGAGGGACCUGCGAAACCGGAGAAUAGUAAUGAGGAUGACCCGGCAUUGGACGUCUACGAGGCUCAACUGAACCCAGACAACUCGUUAUACGGCUUCCACCUCUACUUCGACAAACUCCCCAAAGCCACCGAGAAGCGCGUAAUCGAUCGAGCGCGAUCAUCGGAAUCGUUCUUCAAGCGCAACCCUGACGCCCUGAUCCCCAGCAAGUCCGGGCCGUCCUUCAACGUCGACAUGAAGCGCCUCUCGAGCGACCGAGAGUUCUCCGAAGACUGGGAGGCCUUCAGCGAGGACAUCGAGAGAAGCCCCAGAGAGACCCUGAACACCCUGGGUCUGGCGCUCCACCAGGUGCUGGUGAAGUCCCAGUUGAGUAAAACAGGCCUCAACUCCAAGGAAGACAUCAACCUGCCGACGAUCAGAGUCAAGCUGAUCAACUACAAGCCCCUGGUGGCCCUCCGAGACAUAAUGAUCGAUUCCUACGGGAAGCUGAUAGCCACCCGAGGCUGUGUGAUUCGCGUGGGAAGGGCCAAGUACAUGGCCCAGUGGUUGCCCUUCUCCUGCGACAAAUGCCACCACUGGACGGUGAUGCGCCAGCCCGAGGGCAUCUACAAAUUCCCGAAGAAGUGCAAGGCCUGCGGAGCCUGCAAAUUCACCCCCAGAUUGGACUCCCCCCACGUGAAGACAAUUCCAUUUCUCGUGAUUAAAUUGCAGGAGCAUUUCGACGACAAACAGGACGAGAAGGGCAAGAUGCCGAGGGUUGUGGAGGUGGAGCUGAUCGACGAUCUGGUGGACAGCUGCAUGCCCGGAGACGACAUCACCAUCGUGGGGAUCGUGAAGAUCCGGGGGACUGACGACGGCUCGGAAACGAGAAAGGCGACGGCUGAGGCCAAUGCACUGUACAUCGAGGCGAUUUCAGUGAUGAAUAAUAAGAAUAAGACGAGGAACAGAACGGCCCUGGGGGUCGACCUGGAUCACCAGGACUACGUUUUCAUCAAGCAUAUUCAUGACAAUGCGGAUGUGUUCUCGUUGCUGGUGCGGUCGCUGUGCCCCGCCAUUUAUGGGAAUGAGAUGAUCAAGGCUGGACUGCUGCUGAGCCUGUUUGGGGGGUGCGCCAAGCAUGAUUCAUUGAGGAAUGAUCUCCAUGUGCUGCUGGUGGGGGAUCCUGGGCUGGGAAAGUCGCAGCUGCUGCAGGCGUGCUCGAGGGUUUGCACCAAAGGUGUCUACGUCUGCGGUAAUUCCAGCACAACAUCCGGACUAACCGUGACCCUCACCAAGGAAAACGGUACAAACGACUUCGCCCUGGAGCCAGGCGCCCUAGUCCUCGCAGACAAGGGCACGUGUUUCAUCGACGAAUUCGACAAAAUGCCGACCCAGCAUCAGGCACUGCUGGAGGCGAUGGAGCAGUCGAGUGUCUCAGUGGCCAAGUCCGGGAUAAUUUGCUCCCUCCCAGCCAGAACCUCGAUAGUGGCAGCUGCUAAUCCAACAGGUGGAAAGUACAACCGAGCGAAGGGCUUCACCGAGAACCUGAAUCUCAGCGAGCCCCUCCUCUCACGAUUCGAUCUUAUUUUCCUGCUGUUGGACGAGCCCAGCGAGCAGAUGGACACCUUGAUGUGCGCUCACGUGAUGAAUGCACACACUGGCUUCAAAAAAAUCCAUCCAACUCGGUCAACAUCGAAUCUCACUGAAUUCAACGUGAACAGGGCCAAUCACACGCUGAACACUGCUCUCACACUCAGGGAGAGGCUGUCGUUGAGGGGAAGUAGAGACGAUCUCGUCCCUCAGUCCAUCCUCAGGAAGUACGUGUCGUACGCGAGACUCUAUGUCAAGCCCAAACUGACUCCUGAAGCCGCCAACAGACUCAGGGACUACUAUCUGCUCCUUCGACAGAAUAAUAACAUCUUUGGGCAUCUGCCUGUCUUCCACAGGCAGCUGGAGGCGCUGAUUCGACUGACCGAGGCUCGAGCCAAGCUGGAGCUGCGAACCGAAGCCACUGAUGCUGACGCACUGGAGAUCAUCGAGAUUUAUAAACACACUUUGGCUAGUGUCCCCUCGAUUGGGAAUGGUGGGCCCUCGGUCAGUCGUGAGUCUGGGAAAAUUACUGGGAAUAAAGUCUCGGCGUUUAUUUCGCUGCUGCAGGAGUCGGAGCAGGAGAGGGGACAGACGCUUUUCUCGAAGACUGAUUUGAUGGAAAUAGCCACUCAGGGGGGAAUCAUCAUUAAUGAGUUCUCGAGGUUCAUUAGGAAACUCAAUGAUGAGGGGUUCUUGAUUAAAAGGGGACAUGAUUUGUAUAAAUUUGUUAAUAUGUAAUUUAUUUUGUGGGUGGUGAGGUAGUUUAUUUGUUAAAUGUAGAUAUUGGGGAUAAUGGAGAUGAAGAAGAUAUUGUUAAUAUGGCUUCAUGAUAAUUUGUGGUGUAAAUGAAUAAAAAAAUUAUAAUAAAUAUUUAUAAAAAAUAGUUUAAAAAAUUAUGGCUCAAAAACAUUAUCUCAGGCACUUUUUCAAGUGUUUCAUACAGAUAAAAAUGUUUACAUACAGAUAA